AUAUAAUAUGGGACUUGAAGCAGUCAUGCUCUGAAUUGAUAAUUCAGAGUGGACCAGGAACGGAGAUUAUAAACCAUCAAGAUUUGAGGGACAACAGGAUGCUGCUAACCUUAUCUGUGAUGCCAAAACCCAACAGAACCCUGAAAGUACACUUGGAAUGAUGACUAUGGCCGGUAAGAGACCUGAAAUUUUCCUGACUCAGACCAAUGACGUUGGAAGACUUCUCUCCACUAUCUCAAAGAUGCCGAUUCAUGGGUAUAUUGAUCUCCCAAGAGCAGUUAAAAUUGCCCAGUUGUCUCUCAAGCAUAGACAAAAUAAGAACCAAAAGCAGAGAAUCAUUGCAUUUGUAGGCUCUCCAAUUGAGGGCUUUGAAGAUAAUGAUUUCAAAAAGCUGGGGAAACAAUUAAGAAAGAACGAUGUUGCUAUUGAUGUCGUUAAUUUUGGCCAUCCAGAGAAUAUUCCUUUGCUCACAACUUUAGUGGAAAAUACUAAUAAGAAUGAAAAUUCUCAUAUUAUUGAGAUCAAUUAUGGAGCAAAUAUUGCUGAUACAAUUAUCACAUCUCCCCUCGUAGCUUACGAUAUGGGUGGCGAUGUCGCUCCAAGUGCUGAAGGCGGCGAAGCCCCCGGAGCUACUGGUGCAAGUGCUGGAGGCCAGUUCGCAGAGUACGGAGGAAUUGAUCCUAAUAUUGAUCCUGAACUAGCGAUGGCCAUCAGGAUUUCAUUAGAAGAAGAAAAGAAUAAGAAUAAUCAAGAUGCUGACGCUAAUAAGGAUUCAGAUGCCAAGCCUGCUGAAGGUGCAGCAGAUAAGGAAGGAGAUGCUCAAAUGGAAGCUAAAGAGGAAGCUCCAGCUGAAGCUGCUAAUGAAGAGGAAGAUAUGGGAGAAGACGAGGAUUAUGAAGCAGCUCUUGAGGAAGCAAAGCGUCUUUCAAUGGAAGGACCAGGGCAGACAACAGAGCAGACAGCUGGACAGACAGCCGGGCAACCAGCUCAAGAAGCUGAAAAUAAACCUGAAGAAGACCUUGAAGGAGUCAUUAAUGAGGAAUUCUUAGGUGAAUUAAUGCAAGAUUUAGGAGUUCCCAUGACUGAUGAUGCUAUCAAAGGAUGUCUUGAAGAUGAAAACAAAAAGGAUCCUAAAGAUAAAGGCAAAGAUGAAGACAAGAAAGAAGAUAAAUAAGUUG